GCGUCAUCACGCCACGCCACCGCUCGAGCCUGUGAAGAUGGCGGCAGCCGUUCUUAGUGGGCCCUCUGCGGGCUCCCCGGCUGGGGUUCCUGGCGGGGCUGGGGGUCUCUCCGCGGCGGGAUCGGGCCCGCGUUUGCGUCUGCUGCUGUUGGAGAGCGUUUCUGGGUUGCUGCAGCCGCGGACGCCGUCUCCCGUGGCUCCCGUGCAUCCCCCAAUCCAGUGGGCCCCGCAUCUGCCCGGGCUCAUGUGCUUGCUGCGGCUGCAUGGGACGGUGGGUGGGGCUCAGAAUCUUUCAGCUAUUGGGGCGUUGGUGAAUCUCAGUAAUGCACAUCUUGGCUCCAUCAAAACUCGGUUUGAAGGCCUGUGUCUGCUGUCCUUGCUGGUAGGGGAGAGCCCCACAGAAGUGUUCCAGCAGCAUUGUAUUUCUUGGCUUCGGAGCAUCCAGCAGGUAUUGCAGUCCCAAGACCCAGUGCCCACCAUGGAGCUGGCUGUGGCUGUCCUGAGGGACCUGCUCCGAUACGCAUCCCAGCUUCCGACGCUGUUUCGGGACAUCUCCACCAACCACCUUCCCGGCCUUCUUACUUCCUUGCUGGGCCUCAGACCAGAGUGUGAGCACUCAGCUUUGGAGGGGAUGAAGGCUUGUGUGACCUAUUUUCCUCGGGCCUGUGGUGCGCUAAAAGGCAAGCUGGCCUCUUUCUUCCUGUCUCGCUUGGACGCCUUGAAUCCUCAGCUCCAACAGCUGGCCUGCGAGUGUUACUCCAGGUUGCCCUCUUUAGGGGCUGGCUUUUCCCAGGGCCUGAAGCACACAGAGAAUUGGGAGCAGGAGCUGCACAGUCUGUUGGUCUCACUGCACAGCUUGCUGGGGACCCUCUAUGAGGGAGCAGAGACUGCUCCUGCGCAGAGUGACGGCCCCGGAGUAGAGAUGCUGCUUCCCCAUGCAGAGGACGGUACCACUCAUGUCCUCCUCCAGCUGCGGCAGAGGUUUUCAGGCCUGUCCCGUUGCCUGGUGCUCAUGCUCAGCUCUGAGUUUGGGGCUCCUGUGUCCGUUCCUGUGCAGGAAAUCCUGGACCUCAUCUGCCGGAUCCUCAGCAUCAGUAGCAAGAAUAUUAACUUGCUUGGAGAUGGUCCUCUCAGGCUGCUGCUGCUGCCCUCUAUCCACCUUGAAGCCCUGGACUUGCUCUCUGCACUGAUCCUUGCGUGUGGAGGCCGGCUUUUGCGCUUCGGGACCCUGAUCGGCCGCCUGCUUCCCCAGGUCCUCAGUGCCUGGAGCACCGGGAGGGACACUCUAGCUCCAGGCCAGGAGAGGCCUUACAGCACCAUUCGGACCAAGGUGUAUGCGAUCUUAGAGCUGUGGGUGCAGGUUUGUGGGGCCUCAGCAGGCAUGCUUCAGGGAGGCGCCGCUGCAGAGGCCUUGCUCACCCACCUGCUCAGUGACAUCUCCCUGCCAGCUGAUGCUCUGAAGCUGUGCAGCACCAGGGGAAGCGCCGACGGAGGCUUGCAAAGUGGGAAGCCAAGUGCCCCCAAGAAGCUAAAGAUCGAUAUGGGGGAGUCCUUGGCCCCACCCAGCCACAGGAAAGGGGACAGGAACGCUAACAGCGACGUGUGCGCAGCCGCAUUGAGAGGCCUCAGCCGGACCAUCCUCAUGUGUGGGCCUCUCAUCAAGGAAGAGACUCACCGGAAACUUCAUGAUCUAGUCCUGCCGCUGGUCAUGAGUGUCCAGCAGGGUGAGGUCCUGGGCAGCUCUCCUUACAACAGCUCCUGCUGUCGCCGUGAGCUCUACCGCCUGCUGCUGGCAUUACUGCUGGCACCUUCCCCUCGCUGCCCACCUCCUCUUGCCUGUGCCCUGAAAGCUUUCUCUCUUGGCCAAUGGGAAGACAGUCUUGAGGUCUCCUCUUUCUGCUCAGAAGCACUGGUGACCUGUGCUGCUCUGACACAUCCCCGAGUUCCUCCCCUGCAGAGCUCAGGCCCUACCUGCCCCACACCGGCCCCUGUACCUCCUCCUGAGGCUCCAUCUCCAUUCAGAGCUCCAGCCUUCCAUCCCCCAGGUCCCAUGCCCUCCAUAGGUGCUGUGCCAGCUCCAGGCCCGAUACCUCCAGCAGGCCCCAUUCCCUCAGCUGGCUCUGUGCCCUCCACAGGUCCAGUGCCCUCUCGCCCUGGACCUCCAGCAACAGCCAACCAUUUAGGCCUCUCUGUCCCAGGCCUGGUGUCUGUGCCACCCAGGCUCCUUCCUGGCCCUGAAAACCAUCGUGCAGGCUCCAGUGAGGACCCUGUCCUUGCUCCUACUGGGACCCCUCCACCUAGCAUACCCCCAGAUGAAACUUUUGGGGGGAGAGUACCCAGGCCAGCCUUUGUCCAUUAUGAUAAAGAGGAGGCCUCUGAUGUGGAGAUCUCUUUGGAAAGUGACUCUGAUGACAGCGUAGUGAUCGUGCCCGAGGGGCUCCCACCCCUGCCACCUCCGCCACCGUCAGGCACUCCUCCCCCUGUGGCUCCUGCUGGCCCACCAAUAGCCUCCCCUCCUGUGCCAGCCAAGGAGGGUUCUGAAGAACUGCCUGCAACUCCGGGGCCUCUACCUCCACCCCCACCCCCACCCCCACCUGUUUCUGGUCCAGUGACACUUCCACCACCUCAGCUGGUCCCUGAAGGGACUCCCGGACCGGGAGGACCCACAGCCAUGGAAGAAGACUUGACAGUUAUUAAUAUCAACAGCAGUGAUGAAGAGGAGGAGGAGGAAGAAGAGGAGGAAGAGGAGGAGGAAGAUGAGGAAGACGAUUUUGAGGAAGAGGAAGAAGAUGAAGAAGAGUAUUUUGAAGAGGAAGAAGAGGAGGAGGAAUUUGAGGAGGAAUUUGAAGAGGAGGAAGGUGAAUUAGAGGAAGAAGAGGAAGAGGAGGAAGAGGAGGAGGAGGAAGAAGAAGAGUUGGAAGAGAUGGACGAUGUGGAGUUUGGUUCUGCAGGUGGAGACGUAGAAAGUGGCCCUCCACCCCCAACGCUGCCACCAGCUCUGCCGCCCAUAGACUCGCCGAAAGCGCAGCCCGAGGCGGAGCCUGAGCCCGGGCUCUUACUGGAAGUGGAGGAGCCAGGUGCAGAGGAGGUGUCGGGGCCUGAGACAGCUCCCACCCUGGCCCCUGAGGUGCCCCCCUCCCAGGAGGAGGUGGAGCCCAAAGGGGGAAGCCCUGCAGCAGGGCCACCUCAAGAGCUUGUUGAAGAAGAGUCCUCUGCUCCCCCUACCCUGCUGGAAGAGGGAACUGAGGGCGGAGGUGACAAGGAGCCACCCCCACCGGAGAUACCUGCCACAGAAGAAAUGGAGACAGAAGUAGAAGCUGCAGCUCCCCUGGAGAAGGAGCAAGAUGAGACAGCUGCCAUGCUGGCUGACUUCAUUGAUUGUCCCCCUGAUGAUGAGAAGCCAGCACCUGCCACAGAGCCCGACUCUUAGCCCCUCUGCACCAACACUUUGUGUCCAAUAAAGUUAAGUCUGCAGAUAUGCUGCGUUGGCUCUUGCCGCACCUUUCCC